GGUCUUGAACGUGAACUUGAACGUAAAUAUUUGAUAUGGAGAAGACACCAAUUUACACAACACCCAGUCCUGAGACCAGUGGUGAACCUCCUAUCAAGAAGCACAGACUCAUCAGUAGUGGAUCAACUCCACAAAGAAAUGGCCUGACCCCAGUCAGACAAAGAUUAGAACAACAGAGAAAGAAGGUUCUGGAGAAAGAGACCAGGAGUCAGCAAGAGACCAGUCCCACACUGCAGAAACUGAGGGACACACCAGGUCGAGUUAACAAAGACAAACAUGCCUUGAUCAACAAGCACCUUGAUACAAAGCACAACAUGGAUCGGCUGAGUGUAGGGGGUGGGGUCUCACUCUGGCCAGACAUGGAGGACAUGCGUCUUUCACUUCCUGAAAUACUGAAGCUGGGAGCACUCUGUUUUUCUUUGUUUUCUCUGGUUAUUAUACUGUUUACUAAAUUACAUGGUGAUGUUGUGCAAAAUCUAUUGUUGUUUCACCAUAGACUUGUAGACUUCAGUAACAAACAUGGUAUAAAUGUAACAGCAACAUGUGAUAAAUUCAGAUCGUCUGUGAUAGAAUGGCAUCUUCAUCAUAAACAUCUACUGGAUGAAAUUCAUGCCCGUUUUGAUGUCAGUAAGUUUCCUAUGACCUAUGUGAUGUAUAUAGUUGUAUAUGGAGGAGGGAUGGGUACACUGGUGUACUUCCUCGCUGAUAAUGUCUGGUCCAAAAGUAAACUCUCCCCACGGAGAAUCAAACAGUGGACGAGCCUGCUCACACUAAUAGGGACUUGGACAGUGGCCUUGACCUACAUGCUUGUUUGUGCCUACAUGGUAGAAAUGGCAAUAAAAAAUAAUGUACGCAGAAUCACAGAGGUUCUGGGAGAAGCCAUAGCAACAGACUUUGACCUUAGUGUUUUACAAGCUGUUGUGGAGUACUGGAGAACCCGUUGCUUAGCAACAGGAACUCUAAGGGUGAUGGGUCUUCUGGAGGUCAAGGACUUGUUGUUCUAUUUACAGUACUAUCUUGUUCCUGUGGCUACAAUACUUGGGACUCCUGUCAUUAAACUUGUAGUUUCACUGUAUCACAUAUACAGUUAUAAAUGCAAAUAAAUUACCCAAAAGUUGAUAUUUGUUAUGCAAUUUACUGUACAAUUACACUUGCAAAACUUACUACAUAUUAUUAUUGUGUAAAUCACACUGACUUGUUACACAAGCAUAAUUCAUGAAGUGCACUACACACUAUUAUUUUCUUAAUAUCCCCCCCCCCCCAAAAAAAAAAACUUUUCCUUUAAUGUAUAGAGGGUCAUUAAUAUUAAAUCUUUUAUAUACAGUUAAAUAUUCAAUAUCUCAAAUACCAAGGAUAGGUCAAAGUAAAUUGGAUUUCCAAAUCUUGUAUUUUUGCACUUUAACCUCAAUAUCUCAGAUCCUCAGAUAUCUUUAUUUUCUUCCACAUCCAGUUCAAGAUAACAAGAUUUGACUGUAUAUCUAAGAUUUUGCAAAAUAUAAAGUCUCAAACUUGUAAAAUGAAAGAGUUAUAUGAAAGAUUAAAGUUUUUGACAGAAAUUAAGAAUGACAGAUGGUCAAACAGAACAAAAACAAUAUGCUCCCAAUCUUUGAUCUUGGGUCAUAAAAAUGAUGCAGGAUAUGUGUGAGAGAUACUAUUCUGAUAUUUACAUACAUAUAUUUAGGUGAAUUCAAAUUACACUAUUUUUAGUAGGAAAAAAAAUUGA